GUCAGUCAAUCACACGUGGGUAGUAAUUUGGUGCUGCGAAGAUGGAGAGGGGGUCCACGGAAACGACCACGAGCCUGUACAAGGAUAUGGACCUUUCGUCGAUCACCGACACAACCAACGCACUCCCGCUCCCCGCCAUGCACACCCUAAUGGAGAUCCGAAAGGCACUGACGACGACCUAUCUCCCGCCGACGAAACGAGCGGCCCGCGUGAAAAGCAUCGUCGAACAUGAUGCGCAGUUCCUCAAGGAACUCCUACGCGUCGCCGACCAAUGUCUCGACCUUGACGACGACGAGAGCUUGGAACUGCUGUUCCAGAUCACAAAGGCCUUGUUUGAACUGUGCGAUGCAAGUGUGCUGCACCUGCUCCUAUCGGACACGUACUUUCUCGACGUGGUCGGCAUUCUCGAAUUCAAUCCCCACACGAUUCGAAAGAUGUGCUUUCGCAAGGAACUGUCGGCCCACAUGACGUUCAACGAGGUAAUCUCGUUCAUCAUGAUGCAUGCAUGCAUAUAUGUAUGUAUUCGUUCCAGGGGGUUGAAUGCACCAUGGGACGGUAGGUCAUUCCCAUCACAGACCCGCAGGUUGUGCAAGCGAUCCACGUCAACUACCGCAUCGACGCCAUCAAGGACAACAUCUUGUCCCGGUCUUUGGCCGACGGAUGCACGAUUUGGCUCGAGUCCAUCGUGAACGAGAACAACAUCUCGAUCCUCACGUACAUCUCCAACCACGAAGAGUACAUGGUUCAGUUGCGCGCUCUCGUCGCGGACCGUUCCACCGAGUCGACGGGUCUGCUACUUUUGCAAAACGUCAUGCGACUGAUUCAAAUCACGCAGCCGCCGUCCCGCGGUACAUACAUAUCCCCCCUUAUCCUUCGUCUUCCUCACGAUAUCUUGUUCUAGGCACGCCGCGCGUCCCGCACAUGCUCAAAGCCGAUUACUCUGGCAUGAACCCCGUGUUCGGGUCGCUCCAUCACGCGCUGUUCCCCACGACGCUCUUGUCCAGCUUCGCCGCCAUCGUCACGCGCGCAAACGACACGAACCGACUGCUCGUGCUCGAGAUGCUGCAUCAUCUCGUGCUCUUCCAAAACGGCGACCUCCUCCGCGUGUACAUGGCGGACGAGCGCGGGUGCUGCGACCUCUCCAUUCCGUUCUCCCUAUCCUGGGAACCCCAUCAAUCGCUGCUCCUCGCGAUUCUCGUCGCGUUCGUCCAGGCCGAAGCCGCGCGCGGCGGCGUGCUGGACGUCCUCAAGCACCUCUUCCACGUCGUCCCUGGCCGCGAUGACAAGUUCCUCCAUAUGCUCUAUCAUGGCAAUUACAUGCACUGGUGGGUACAUCUCCUCGGCCUCCCCGACCAGACCGGCAAUUUGUACGAACUGCAUGCGUCAGUGUGGGAAGUGCUCACCAUGUGCGUGUCCCAUCACGGGUACCGCAUCAAGUACCUUCUCGCCAAGAUCCCCAUCGCCGCGUACGCCACGGACGCGCUCGGUAGCGGCAACAAGCUCCGCGUACUGCACGUUGCUGCGUUUCUCAGGGCUUGUGUAUUGCGAAAUGAAACGUUCUACAGCAACGUGGUCGCGACCCCGGCCAUUUGGGACGCGAUCGUCGACUUGCUCCAUGUGCGCCCGAGGAACCCAUCUGCAGUCGUGUCGGCGUUGCUCGAGAUGAUCAUGUCGGCGGAAGCGCACAACUGCCGCUUGAUCAUGCAACAUAUCGUGACCCAUGCCAAGGUGACGCUGUUGGAAGCAGCGUACCCUGGCGUGAUCACGUCGAUCAAAGCCAAGCUCUCGGACGGCCAGCCAGAAGUCCACAAUGGACUGACGAUUCAGGAGGAAGAGCGAUACUGGGCGCAAGAAGAACAGACGAUGGUCGUUGUAGUCGACGAAGUAGAUGACAAGGACGACACGACGGGAGUGGUCGUGGUGGCAGCAGAAGAAGAUCAAGAAGGAGGAGGACUCACCAGUCCGCCGCCGCUAAUCCCGCUGCAGGACAGGGAAGAGACAGGCAUCGUCGCGAGCAGCAGCAGCAGCCCCGUUGGCGGCUCCACCCGGCGGCCCAAGAAGCAAGUGAAGAACUUGUUCUCCACCAUCCAGUGGAGCAGUCCAUCCAAAAAGCAGAAAGUCGACUUGUAGUCCCGUUAAAUAGUGUGACGACGCGAGGACAUAUUUAAGUGCGAAAUGGCGUGUUAUCCGGAUUCCAGCCAAC